AUGGGUUCUGAAGUAUCAUUCGCCGGCCAGGAUCUGUCCAUAAGACGUGGAGGUGUAGGAAAUUGCAACGCCGGAAAUGCAGAUCGAGUUCAUGAGCAAAAAGACAAUCCUGUGCCCAAAGCGCUCGCUGAGCUGCGAGGUAAUGACGACACCAACGGCAUAAGUGAUGAGUGGUAUGGACUUGAGACUUUCGUUGGUACAAAUAAUUGCACCAGUCAUCAGGACGAGUGGCAGCCUACUCGGCAUGGCCUGAGUGGUGUUGAAGACACCACCCUCGAACCCAUAGGAAAACACGCUGAUGCCCAGGGCAAGCGCCGCCAGGAGCAUAUUCGAGCUGAGAUGGCUCAUGAGCAUCACAUUGCGAACCUUCAUGAAACGAAACAUUUUGGCGGUGUUUUCAAGAGGACGACCGGUGGAACCGCCUGUUGGAAGUCGACGGUUGACGUACCGUUCGCCUCCCUCUCUAGACGGUCGUGA